AUUAUUAUUAUGGGGAAAGAGAUUUCAUCCAAUUGCCUCUUUUACUAUAAUUUAUAGAUUUACAGAUGAAAAAAGCUUUACAAGUUCUCUUGUAAAACAAAGAUGGCACUGAAUAUAGAGAAACUAUUGGGGGAUGCCCAGAUUCUGGUAGCCAGACUUAGAGACCAUGACUCUACAGCUGAUAUUCUUAUAGCACAUACACAGACACUGCACAAAAGACUAGAGGCCAUGAAACAGUAUCAAGAAGAUAUUAACGAGCUCAAUGAGAUAGCUAAGCAUCGUCCCAGGUCUACCCUGGUGCUGGGUAUUGCCCAGGAGAACCGACAAAUACGAGAGUUACAGCAGGAGAACCGGGAACUUCGUCUCUCUCUGGAGGAGCACCAGCAAGCCCUGGCUCUGAUCAUGCAGAAGUACAGGGAACAAAUGAUGAAACUGAUCCAAAGUAAUAAACAGGAGAAAGCCAUUACACAAAGAAAGGACCAGUCACAGCAUUUAGAAAAGUUGAUUGAUAAAAUCAGUGAAAUGGCAGCAGUGAUGCAGAAAGCAGUUACUACUGAUGAUGAACACUCCGCAAAAGACAAAGAGAAGCUGGUUCAGCUUCAGUACGAAAACAAUGGCCUCCGCGAAAUCCUAGAGGUUUGUACUACAGCCAAACAGAAAAUUCUGGAGAGUGUUUCCAUAGAUGUGGAUAGUAAAGCCAUCCAAACGGAGGACUUCUCUAAAAUGUCUGACUCGGAUGAUAAUAUAUCACUGGACUCAGUUAGUACUGUAGUUGAACAGGACGAUAUUGGUCAAGAAACAUAGACCUGUAUAAAUAGAAGAGAGAGAAAGUGAUAUUAGCUGCUCAGAAUUGAGCUCCAUUGUCUUGUUCUGUUUAUUUGUAUUUAGAAUUUGUGUGCAUUAAGAACAAUAACCCAUUUCACUGCUAUAUAUAUUGUUCUGAUAAUUAGAAUUUUUCACUUGAAUAUUAUUUAUUAUAUAGUUGGUUUUCUUUGAAUUUCAUAUUUUUCAUUGCAAUAAACAUGAUAAACUGUUCC